AUGGCAGCAACAAAUUUUUACCCGGAUUAUACUAACAGUCAACCAACUUCACAUAACAUGUACAACUAUGGAUCUUAUUAUGACAGCAGUGCUGCCUUUUACCAUAGCGCCACACAUCAGCAAAAUAAUGCCACUUGGAAUCCAAUGGCUUAUCAGCCCAACUAUGGCACAUACAAUUCACCAACAUUUGAAACUAAAGCUCAACUAUAUAAUGACAGUAGUUAUUAUAGCUGUAGUAGUAGAAGUGAACCAAGUACAUACCAAGAUGAAAUCAAGACAGAUAUUAGCACGGAGGAUAUAACACAAAAAACACAGAAAGCGAUUACUUUGGAUGAAACAUCACUUGCAAAAUCUGAACCAAAACCACUUAAACGUAAAGCUGCAUGUUUAGAGGAAACUGCUACUACCAAUAGUAUUGAACUACGACCCAGUACACUACGUGCUUUACUCACUAAUCCUGUCAAGAAACUGAAAUAUACACCUGACUACUUCUACACAACAUUCGAAACUAUCAAAAAGAAGAAAACUGGGAAAUCUUCAAGCACUGAAAGCAAAAGCAGUAAUUCUCCAAACACCCCACCCACAUUUGAAGACGACUAUUUAGCUGGUCAUGUACCACCAACACCUUCAACUCAAACCGUGCUAUCGCCACUUCGUAGUGAUAUCGACUACACAGAAGUAUGUUCACCACUAACAACAACGAAACAGUCAAGCCAAAUCUAUAAACAUGGCGAUUAUCCAACACCACCACCGCCACCGCCAGCACAACCAGUAAAUACAACAGCCUCGCUUUCUACAUCCGCAACGACAAUAGUCGAUGGUAUAAGUACACCACCCCUGUCACCAAAUGACAAGCCUGUCAAUCAACACACUCAUGAGAAAAAUGAAAUCAAUCAUCAAAUUUUGACAGCUAGUGAAUUCAAUUGGUCGAACUGUGAUGACAAUAGUCCCUCAUCAGAUUAUAAAGACUCGAAACGUACCCGCCAAACAUAUACACGUUAUCAAACGCUAGAGUUAGAGAAGGAAUUCCAUUUUAAUCGUUAUAUAACUCGUCGACGUCGUAUUGAUAUUGCAAAGGCCUUAUCUUUAACAGAACGUCAAAUUAAAAUUUGGUUUCAGAAUCGUAGAAUGAAGUCUAAGAAAGAUCGUUCUUUAGAUCCACCCACAGAAGAACAUGGCUUACAUUUCUCAGCUUCAGCGAUAGAUGCUACUAUGCCACCAAUAAGUGCACCAAUGCAUGUUCCAUUUAUGCCACAUCAAAUGUUGCCUUCAAAUGUACCAGCUUUUAACACCUCUUCUGCAUAUCCUUCUUACUUACCAAACUCAACGCAAGCAGCAUAUCCAUCACCAAUUGGUAAUUAUCGUAUGCAACACUCUCAUCACCAGUUUGGCCAAGACAUCCCAGCAACUCAACCACAACCUCAUCACCCUCAACAGCAUCUACAUCAACAUGCGCAUCAAUUCGAACAAACCGAACAAUACCAUCACCAGCAGUUAUACCAGCACCAACAUCAGCAUCAUCACCAAAUGCAACAGCAGCAGCAAACACCACAGCAACACCAACUGCAUCAAAUUCAAAUGACAGCAGGAUCCAACCAUAGCUAUUUGCCCUGA